AUGAAUUUACAAUUUAAUAUUCCAAAUGAUAAUACUCGUCGUACUCACAUGUCUACAAAUCAUCUACCUCCACACCCCACAUCCUCAUAUAUUUAUUUACGUCCACAUAUUAAUAAAAAACCAAAUCUUUACCAUGCAGGACAACGAAAAAAUUCCCAUCCCUAUCGAAAAUUUCAAACUGGUUCAACAACAACUUUUUCUGGUUAUACCAAUAUAUCUAAAUAUAAUCAUAAUGCUAUUACUAGUACUAAUAAUAAAAAUAAUAAUAAUAAUUAUCAUCAACAUCAACCAAAACCAUAUUAUAACAAUGAUAAUAAUAAUAUUACUCAUUUAAAAUCUUCAAAUAAUAAGAAAAUACCUAGUCUCAUGUCUGUUGAUUUUUUUCAACAACCACCAAGAAAAAAUCGUCGUAAAUUACAACAUGCUGAACAAUAUAAACAACAAACAGUAUUACAUCAACAUGAAAUAAUGAAACAUCAUGAAAAUAAUAAUAACAUGAAUACAAACCAACAUUCAACAUCAACAUCAACAUUAAAAAAAUUAAACGGUUUAAUUUUAUCAGAUUCAAUGUGUAAGUACGUGCGACCAGAGACGGUAAGUUCCGAUAAUAUACAGGUAAAAAUAUCUUUUGAAUCUGGCUGCGAUUGCAGCAGAAUGUUAACAUUUUUAGAAGAACAGAACAUUAAUCGAAGUAGUAUAUUUCAAGCUGAUUUUGUUCUUUUCUCUCUAUGUACAAAUGAUGUUGCUAAUUUAGGUUCUGAUCUUGCUAUAAAAAAUUGUCGUAUUUUGAUAGAACGUGUACGAGAAUUAUUUCCUCAUUUGAAAUCAAUUGGAUGGCUAACACUUUCACCACGAUCAAAACCAUCUAAAUUAUUCAAUUCUAUAACUAUUAAUGAGAAAUAUCAAGAAUUUAAUCAAUAUCUUAAAAAAUUAUCAAAAGAAAAAAAUUUCGAAAUAAUUAAUGCUAAUCUCCAACAUCAACACAUGCAUUACGAUGGUUUACAUCCGUCAAUACAAUCCGGGCGUGUUCUAAUUGAAAGAGCACUUUAUAAUUGGUUCAUAAAGCAAUCGAAACAUUUUUCUAUUACAUCACAUCAUCAUCAUCCUACUAGUAUUGCUAACCAUCAUCAGCAUAAACAGACUACAACUGCUGCUUAUCAUCAUCAUCAUAAUAAUAAUCGUCAACAUCAUAAUCAUACAGCUACUAAUCAUAAUCAUUAUAAUCAUGCUACUACUACUGCUACUAAUAUUUGUCAUCAUCAUAAUUCUACUACUACUAAUAAUAAUACUAAUAAUCGUACUAUUAAUACUAAUAAGAAUUCUUACAAUAAAAACAAUAGUAAUUGUUUAAAAAAGAAAGAUAUAUUAAAAAAUGAAAAUUUAAAUAACUUACCAAGUAAGUCAUUAAUUUCACAUUAUCCACAUUUCUUGCGACAUAAAGAUGAAUUCUUUCGAAAAAUUACAGUACCAAAAGAAUUAGAAGAUAAAAAAGAAGAUAUUUUUCUGUUAAGUAACAUUCAUUUUCAAACAGAAUAUUUUCAAUUAGAAGCUGAAAAAUGGAAAAUAUACAUGACAGCUGCAGCUAAUAAACAAACAGUCGAGCAAAUAGAACCAAUGGAAACUAUAAUAGAAGACAAUGAUAAUGAACUACCUAUUGCUAGACCAUCACCUACAGGUCUAGCAAGACCUCCAACUACUUUAGACUUCAGUGAUUAUCCUGAAAUUUUUGAUGAAUGGUUAUCAGAACCAAUUCCAGGACAAAAAAGAAAAUUAGGACAUCGACGUGAUGAUCCACCAACACCACCAUCUCCUAGACAACCACCUCCGAUUAUUCCAAGAAAAACAUUACCACCACGAAAUCCUAAUAUUCCACUAGCUAGAAGAUCACUUUGUUCAUCACCACUAUCAGAUACAAUAAAUAAUCAUAGACAAGGACAAUAUUCUUUCAAUGCACUUCUUCCUCUUGAAAGAUCAAAUAUCGAAGAGCAACAACGACAACAUAUACAAACACCUAUCAUAGUUGCACCAUUAGUAAAUGUACCAUCAAUGAUAAUAUCUCCUUUACAAAGUUCAACACCAGAAGUUUUAAUAAAAUCACCAUCAGUCAUACCUAAAAAUAAUAUAAUAUCAAAUAAGUUAUAUAACUUUUCAAUUAUCCCCAUCGAAUGCAGAUAUCACUUUAAAAGAAUGAGACAGAAAAGCACAUUUGAAACAAUAAAAAAUCAUCAAGUUUUUCUUCAAAGCAAAUAUGAAACAUUAGAAAAUGAAAGAGAGAAAAAAUUACAUUCAUCAUUUGACAAACAUAUGUGGUCACAAGUAGUUAAUUUCGUAAAGAAUAUUCUUGAGAAAACGGUUGAAAAUAAAAGAAAAACUGAUAAAAAAAGACUUGAUAAUCUUCAACUUGACCAAAUGAGAGAGGAAGCUAGAUUGAAAAUCGAAGAAACAGCAUCACAAUCAGAACAACAAUAUAUAAAAGAUUUACAAGAAAAAUACAAAAGAAUAUUAGAUCUUAAAUUGCAAUUGGAUAAAUUAGAAAAAAGAUUCGUAGAAAAUAUGCCACCACCAUCUCUCAAUAUAUUUGAUAAAAUAGAAUUGCAUGCAAAACAACUGAAGUCAGAUAACACAGAAUUAUGUUCUCUUCGAGAACAAUGGAAGAAUAUUCUACGAAAAACUAAAUUAGAUCUGACAAUAUUAAUGAGAAGAGCAAAAGUAGUUGAAAUAGAAGAAGCAAAAACAGAAUACAAUAAAUUGUUAAAUAAACUUGCAGAUCAUUUUCGACAACCUCAUGAAGUCAUAUGUGAUCAAAAAGGGCGUGCAUAA